UCAGGUAACACUGGCUCCUCCAGAACAACCUGCUCUAACUUCAGUCUGACCCACUCUGUCCCUCGGCUCUUGACCAAGAUUCACGAGGGCCAUCUUACUUUCUCAAUAAUGGCCCAAAGAAAGGGAUUCACAAAGACUUCCUUCAUGAGGAUGAAAAUACUCCAGAAUGACUCAAAGAACUCACUAUCCAAUCCACAGAUAUUCAGGUCUGUCCCAGGGUCCACACUCUCUGAGAACUUCAACCUCCAAAUUCAGAACAAAACUACUCCUCAUUUCAUGAGCUUACCAACUUGGAAAAUACCUACCUCUUUUUUUCCUGAGCACAGAAAGGUAAAUGAUCAAGCAAAUCUGAAAGAGGAGAAGAUAGCAAUGCCCCUUCAUCAUUCUCAGCAGGAAGGAAGUGACGUCACUGAACACAGACACCAGCAUCAUGGCAGAGGCUGUGAGAACUCAGGAACAUCAAAGGGCUCUCGAGGACAGCAGUCUCUCCCAGUUCCCAUCAGUGUGUACUCUCUCUCCGUACAGAGCCUGUGUCUGCACCUUCUCCUGACAGCCCUAUGAAUGGAGUCUGCCUCCUCACUCCCCACACACUUGGCUCCUGUUCACCCUUCUGUCCAGGUGACUCUCAGCCAUGAAGACACAUGUCCUCCUCUCUGCCCUUGUCCUGCUGGCCUUUCAGGCCUUGGUAGAUCCUCUGCCAGAAGCAACUGAGGAGGCUAAAAAUGAGGAGCAGCCAGGAGUAGAGGACCAGGAUGUGUCCAUCUCCUGUGGAGGCCCAGAAGGCUCUGUUCUUCAAGCUCAAGCUGCACCCAGCCUGAAAUGCAACUGUAGAAAAAAAUCUUGCAAAUGUUCUGAACAGGUCUCUGCGGUUUGCUACAUAGAUCCAGUUACACUCCACACUCUGCUGCCACUGAGACCAGAAACAAAAUCACCGUAUGCUCUGAGACCUCAUGAUCUGUCAUUACCCUUGUACUUAGCCUCAAGUGUUUUCCUUCUUCAGUAAAUUUCCUUACAGAAAAAGAA